AUGUCCACCGCACGCCUUAUCCCCGUCAUGAAGUCCCGAGUGGCGACUUGCACUACACCAAGAUUCGUGGCCUUGAGGUCUAUCUCGUCGACGGCCCGAUAUGAGAAAGGACCUGUGGACGCGACCAAGGAUACUCUGAAGAAGGCCGAUCGGAUUGUCUCUGACGUAGCAGUCAAGGGCAUUGACAAAGGCAAGCAGGCUAGUGAGAAGAUCAAGGACACAAUGGGCACCUCGAGUGAAGAGGCCAAGGCGAAGGCACAGUCGAAGGCUCAGUCGGUCAAGGGCGAAGCGGAGGAGUAUAUGGGCAAGGGAAAAGGUGAGGCGGAGGAGGUCGCCGGAAAGGCCAAAGGGAAGUUGCACGAGAUGGAAGGCAAGGCCAAGGAGGCCAAGCGCACCCACAUUGGUUGA